UAACUACUACUUAAAUACAAUCAUUUUAUGUUAUAAAAAUGGAUUCUGAACCUGACGACUAUUAUGAGAUUACUUCACAGUUAGAUGCUAGGGAAAUACUGAGAUAUUUAAAUAAUUUAGGUAUACGCAAUAUAAGUGGCGAAGUUUUAAAAUACUUCAUAACUGAUUUAAAAAAGCUCAUAAAGUAUGACCUGCAGCACAAAGACGACAAUUUCAGUGCUAAGACACAGUAUUCUGAAGUUUUAGGGCCAGAAAGGUUGCAUAGUGCUAGCACAUUCUCUUCAAGAACUAGAUCUAGGGUACAAUCUGCAGAAGUAAACUGUAAUAGAGAUUGUGAGAGAUUAAGAAAACGGACUCAUGUAAGAACAGUUCAUUCAGCACCCAGUCUAUUUCAGCAAAAAUCUGAUGACAAACCCCCUCGGAGAGCUUGCUCUUGUGUCCGAGUUGACAAACAGCCAGACAUACAAAAGGAAAUACCUAAAUCAACUGUUAGUAGUAACUUAAUCAAAGUUUCCAAACAGCUUAUUAAAAGGAAAAGUGACCCAGUAUCUCUGUAUCAUUACUACACAUCUCUUUGGGCAAAAUACAAGCCAAAUGUACCAGGAGAGAAUGAUUGGUCCGACUUGCGCUGGAAUAUUAGACAGAAGAUGGUUGGAAGUGUUGCAUCUCAAAGCAACAAUAAGGCUACAAAUAUGCAACAGAAGCAUGCAGUCAAAAAGAAGAAAACACCUACUACAGCAUGAUAUUUAAGGAUUUAUUUAUUUUAUAAUGAGAAACUUUGUAAUCACAUCAAUUUUCAUUUACUAUCAUUGAUCGAUCUAUUUUGGACUAUAUUAUUUUGUUUGAUGCUUGGCAAAUACUUAGCCUGCAUUCUCACAGAAUUGGAGCAGUGUUCAAUUCAAGCAGUGAUAGCAUAGUGGUAAAGACAGCCUUCUAUUCAGGAGGUUGCAGAUUCGAUUCACACACACCUCUAACUAUUCAGAGUUGUGUUAAGUAACUAAGUAUCACUUGCUAACGGUAAAGGAAAAUAUUAUAAGAAAA